AUGCCUACAGCGGUUCUCAUGGCUCCCUCGGCCCUCGAUGCGACUCCUCACUCAAAGUCAGCUCAUGCUUCAGCACUUCCACAAGCAACCUCCAUUUCGUCAGGAUUUGUGGCACUCUCUAAUGGCCGAUCUGAACACAUGAACCGGCCGACGGCGAGCAGCGCAGACGUGUGUGUGACCUCUUCUAAUGGGAAACAUGAUGCCUCUCGCACUCUUCCAGUCAUCGGGAAGCCUUCAAAUGGCCAAACCAAUCCGCACCACUAUCACCACCAGCAGCAGCACCUGCAACAUCAGCACAAGUACCCUUCCCUAACUCCCCAUCUGGCCACGCAUAUCACCAUCAGGUCCCACCCGGAGCGAGGCAGGGGUGUCUUCGCAACGCGUGACCUUUCUGCGGGCACCGUCAUAGACAUCAGUCCCGUGCUCCUGUUCCCAGCCGACGAGUACGAGCAACACGGUCAACAUACGCAGCUGGACAGCUACACGUUCGUCUGGAGAAGAUCCAAGGAAGGCUCAGAGAUGGCUCUUGCCCUGGGAUUGGGUCAGUUGACAUAUUGCACAAUCUUGCUCGCGUCUCCGCUCCAGCUUACGUCGCCCUUGUCCCCUUAGGCUCCCUGUUCAAUCACGACCCCAUCGCCCCAAACGUCUCUUACACUCUGGAUCACUCCUCACAAGUCAUUCGCUUCACAACCGCACGGCCGGCGCAAAAGGGCGAAGAGCUAUGCAUCAGCUACGGGGCUGGAAGAAUGUGGUGGGAAGCUAGCGAAGGAGAAUCUUCGCGCGCGGAUUCGCACAACGAACUCGACGAAGACGAGCUGCUGCGUUUAGGUCAGGGUCUCGACGAGGAUUGGGAGGCUGACAAGGGCAUUGCUACGAUGCAGCACAUCAAUAGGCAUGGGUUGCGGAAUGGUCACCCUGUCAAGCCAUCAGCGUCCAGCAGUGACCACGGGCCUCGCGAUGCUGCGCUAUCCACAACGCCAUCGCUUGCAAGCACUGCGCAACCUCGCUCUGCUGUGGCACAGGGCAAGCAACCUGAGCGCGGCAGACUGUGGCGUCUAACGGAGGCCAUCGAUCCCGAGAGCGCACCUCUCGAGCUUUUGCCAGCUUGGGUCAUCGACGUGGAGCCUCGGCGCACCGGCGCGUUUGUCAGCUUCCAACAAGCUUUCAAGAAGGCCGUGCAAGCAGCUGGGGUAUGCGAAGAUCCGCAAUUGAUAGUGAGACAUCUUCGCACCUACCGCAAGACCAUGCUGUCACCGCCGGCAGGAGCUGAGGCAUCAUCAGCGGGUCACAGUCGGCCUGCAGAGAAGCCAAGGCCGAUACUGCAGGGAAUGAUUUGUGCGCAGCAGAACAUGCCCAGCAAGGAAAUGCUGCUCGAACUCUUGGUGCGACUUGGGGCUUCCAGCUUCACUGUCAAUGGAGGUGAGCCGACGCCCUACUUGGUGGACGUACCGGCAGAUCCGGCUCCUUCGCGCAGUCGACUAGCCGACUGGACCUCGUACUGGCCCACUAACCACCAAUCGCGAGGAAACGACUGCGCGGGAUUGCAGUCCUCCAAUGCCAGCGUACCGCUGAUCGUGGACCGGAUGAAAGACGAACAGCUAUGGACGCCCGAAGCGCUUCAAUGGGCCCGAAGCCACCUGCGAAAAUGCGUCGACUUGGCUUUGGAAGCGAAGUCGAAGGGGCAAGUGCCUAUAGCUGCGCGCGUCACUCUACCCUUCCACUUGCCGCCCUGGCGAGGAGGCGGCGUGCCGAGGACGACUUCGAGUGGGACUACGCACACUUCCAACAGCAGUUCAAGAGCAGGCGAGGACAGUCCGAGAAGCGACGGCGCUACGACUUGCGAGGAGCCGCAAGCGCUGCGCAACGCAGCGGCGGCAGCGAUCGCAGCUGCUGACGCAGCAGCCGUCACUAGCGCUCCUAUCGAAGCUGCGGCCCACGACACGCGGAUAGAGGAGCGAAAUCCAUUGAAACAUGCCGUCACGAAUGUGAUCAAGACGGUGGCCAGCAUUCGAUCCGAGCGAGAAAAGGAGCGACACAAGCUGCUGGGACAUUCUCUGGCCGAUACGCGCACGCCGUCGCCGACCGUCGCGGGCGCUCGGAGCACGCAAGAAGAAGUAGAGCUUGGAGAAGAGCACAGAGCUUCAGCUUUGAUUGCUGCUGCUGGUGGUGGUGGCGGUGGUAGCGGUGGUAACGAAUCGCCUGCGCGGUCAGUCUCUAGCAUCCCAGCGCGAGGAGCAGUAGCGAAUGGGCAGGAUUACCUCUUGACCUCUUUAGCGCUCUUUACGACUCACGAACCAUGCUUAUCCUGCUGCAUGGCGCUCAUACACUCUCGCGUCAGGGUGCUGUACUUUUUGUACCCUUCGCCAGGCGCUGGUGGAUGCUGCGGCGCUGCGACGGGGAAGCUGUUGGGAGGCAGGGACGGUGGUCCGUAUGCUGUGCAUGAACAGAGCGGUCUGAAUCAUAGAUUCGAAGUAUGGCGUUGGCUAGGACCGUUGGACGAAGAUGCGACGGAGGAGGACAGUGCAAAGUUGAAGCAGGAACUGAGCAUUGAUGGGCUUGAACCCUAG